UAGGGUCCAAACACAAACUCUUCGGAAACUUCAAUGAAAAUGAGAGGCACCCUGUCCCUGUGUCAGAGGACUUCACAGUUGCUCCUUGGAGGAGGAAGAAGAGCAACAAAAGCGACCUACACUCUCAUCCCCUCAAUUUGUUAUUGCACAAACAUUGACAAUAACACCAUCGAUGGGCCACAAAGUCCAAGGGUCAAAGUUUUCGAUCGGGAACUCAAACGAAAACAGCGUGACCGAGCUGCGUGGUUGAUGAGGCCAAGUGAUCCUUUUGUGGAUGCUGUUGCUGACAAUUUGUUGGAUCGCUUGGAGGAUUGCAAGAAAACAUUUCCUACCGCGUUGUGUUUAGGAGGUUCUUCGGAAGCUGUCAGACGUUUGUUACGUGGUCGUGGCUCCAUUGAAAAGCUUAUCAUGAUGGACACUUCAAAUGACAUGGUUAAAUUAUGUAAGGAUGCUGAAGCUGCUCAACAAGAUUCAAAUCAGAAUAUUGAAACCUCCUUUGUGGUGGGAGAUGAGGAGUUUCUACCUAUAAAAGAAAGUUCGGUAGAUUUGGUUAUCAGUUCCUUGGGACUCCAUUGGACAAAUGAUCUUCCAGGAGCCAUGAUACAGUGUAAACUAGCAUUGAAGCCGGAUGGCCUAUUUUUAGCAGCUAUUUUGGGUGGAGAAACCUUGAAGGAGCUGAGAAUAGCAUGCACUGUAGCUCAAAUGGAGCGUGAAGGAGGCAUUAGUCCUCGCAUAUCACCUCUGGCACAAGUCCGUGAUGCAGGGAAUCUUUUGACCAGGGCAGGCUUCACCCUUCCUGGAGUUGAUGUUGAUGAAUAUGUAGUUAGGUAUGGCAAUGCUCUGGAGCUGAUAGAGCAUUUGCGCGCAAUGGGCGAAACUAAUGCUCUUUUGCAAAGGAACAAUCUUCUAAAGAGAGAAACAGCCCUUGCUACUGCAGCAAUUUAUGAUUCAAUGUUUGCUGCAGAAGAUGGCACCAUUCCCGCAACAUUCCAGGUUAUAUUCAUGACUGGGUGGAGGGAGCACCCAUCUCAGCCGAAGGCCAAAAGGAGGGGUUCUGCUACCAUAUCAUUCGAUGACGUCCAAAAGCAAUUUGGCAGUGAUAGUUGACACCAUCACAUUCCUCAAGACCAACCGGUAGCAAAUUGGAAGUGAGACGCUUUCCCUCCCACAGCACCUUGUUCUGAUUCAUAUAUAUAUAUAUGACUUAAGAUCAGCAAUGAGCCAGAUGAUCAAAAGAGCGAGGCUGUGGGAUAAACUGAAAUCGUUGUACAAGCCUUUCCAUAACCUGCAGUUCUUAUCAACCAUCUGAAUAAUCACCUUUCCAUUUUGUUGACCAUCUCAUAAUGUUGUCCCAUAAUCUGGAAUAAAGUUACAUGAAAAAGGGAACUUCUGUGAAAUCAUUCUCUAUUUGCCCAAAACUAUCAGCUAGCCCAUAUGGCAACGAAGAACCACUGCCAAUAUAGGAAGGAGAAUCUUGCAAUACUACCUGCUCCAAGGCACACAAAAAACCAGCCAUAAUUGCCGUAGAGGCCACCAUGAGAGUAAGAGCGCCUGGCUAAUGCUAGCAGACGAAGAAAUCAUGGCUCAAUUCCCCAUCCAUUCUCGGUCGUUUUUUAACCCGAAGAACACUAUUGCUUGACAAAAGGGAAGAGAAACCAUCAUUUAGAUGCAUUUUUUGGAAUCGUAAUCGUCUUACGAUUGUAGUUUUACUUGUACACCAUGAAAAACUUGCCAAUUUUUCUUUUAUCUUGAUAA